CCUCCUCUCUCCCUCUUCAGCAAGACGUACAUGUGCAGCCAGCAACAAAUAGGAACGCAGUUGAGGGCAGCAGCCAAAGGCGCACACACCCACCAGCAGACAGCGAGGCUACAUUAUUCAACUGAUCCUCUUCAGUACGCUCCUCAGGGACAGUGAGUCACCCUCUCUAAACGUCUUGCUGAGCCACUAUUGCCAUGGAAACGCCGAGCCAAAAACGCACCAGCCGCGGUGCCACUUCCCCUACUCGCAUCACCAGACUGCAGGAGAAGGAGGACCUUUGCAACCUCAAUGAUCGGCUGGCCGUCUACAUUGAUAAGGUGCGCUCCCUGGAGGCAGAGAACGCCGGGCUACGACUGCGCAUCACAGAGUCCGAGUCUAUGGUCAGCCGCGACCUGAGCGGGAUCAAGUCCGCCUACGAGACUGAGCUGGCCGAUGCCCGCAAGACCCUGGAUCAGGUGGCCAGGGAGCGGGCCCGCCUGCAGCUGGAUCUCAGCAAGCUGAGGGAGGAGUACAAGGAGCUGAAGGCCAGAAACUCGAAGAAGGAGUCGGACCUGGAGGCGGCUCUGGCCAGACUGAGGGACCUGGAGGCCUUGCUGAACUCUAAAGAUGCGUCUCUGUCCACGGCUCUGACUGAGAAACGAUCCCUGGAGGCCGAGGUGAAGGACCUCAAGGCUCAACUGGCAAAGUUGGAGGUGAAUUUAGCAGAUGCCAAGAGGCAGCUGCAGGACGAGAUGCUGCGGCGGGUGGACGCCGAGAAUCGCCUGCAGACGGUGAAAGAGGAGCUGGAGUUCCAAAAGAAUGUCUUCAACGAGGAGCUGCGAGAGUCGAAGCGCCGGCACGAGACCCGCAUGGUGGACAUAGACAGCGGGCGGCAGAUGGAGUUUGAGAGCAAGCUGGCUGCUGCUCUGGCCGAGCUGAGGGCCCAGCACGAUGAGCAGGUCAACCUGUACAAGUCCGAGCUGGAGAAGACCUACAGCUCCAAGCUGGAGAAUGCUCGCCAGUCAGCCAGCAGUAACAACCACCUGGUGGAAGCUGCUCGUGAGGAGCUGCAGCAAACUCGGCUCCGACUGGAGGGCAUGUCGGGUCAGCUCAGCCAGCUGCAGAAGCGGCUGUCGGCGAGCGAGGCGAAGGUGCGUGAGCUGGAGGAGGCUCUGUCCCGGGAGCGUGACCUGACGCGCCGGCGGCUGGAGGAUAAAGAGCGGGAGAUGGCCGCGAUCCACGCUCGAAUGCAGCAGCAGCUGGAGGAGUAUCAGGAGCUGCUGGAUGUUAAACUGGCCCUGGACAGGGAGAUCAACGCCUACAGGAAGCUGCUGGAGGGAGAGGAGGAGCGCCUGCGCCUGUCCCCCAGCCCGGCCUCCGUCCAGGUCACUAGGACCAGGACCUCCAGUUCCAGCCACACCAGCCGCCUCCUCCAAACCUCCUCUGCUUCUGCCGCCGCUGCCGCCACCUCCAGCAGCCGCAACUCCUCUGGCACCAACAAGAAGCGCCGCCUCAACGACAACGACAGCGAGACCUCCAGCGUGAUGGGCGGGUCCGUGACCAAGACCCGGAUCCUGCAGAACGCCUCAGCCAGCGGCCGCAUCACCGUGGACGAGGUGGACAUGGAGGGAAAGUUCAUCCGCCUCAGCAACAAGGCUGAUGAGGAUCAGUCGCUCAGCCACUGGCAGGUGAAGAGACAAGUGGGCAACUCCACUCCCAUUGUUUACAAGUUUCCUCACAAGUUCUCUCUGAAAGCUGGUGCGAGUGUUACGAUCUGGGCUGCAUCUGGUGGUGGAACCCACAACCCUCCCACCGACCUGGUAUGGAAGACUCAGAACUCGUGGGGCAGCGGGGACCUGAUGGAGACCAUCCUGAUCAACGCCAGCGGAGAGGAAAUGGCGAUGCGGAAAGUGACGCGCACGCUGUUCCAGGAGGACGACGAUGACGACAUGGGUGCUCACAGCACAAGCGGAGCAGACAACGAGUACAACCUCCGCAGCCGCACUGUGAUAUGCGACGCCUGCGGACAGCCGUCUGAUCGCAGCGGUGCCUGCGGCAGUGGAGGACCCGAAGGCCUCAUUGGACAUUCCUACUUUAUGGGCUCCAAUGAGCCCAGACAGGGUCGUGUGAAACCAGAGAGCUGCUCCGUCAUGUAGAAGGGAACCGAGCCUCUCCUGGACCAGCGAGUCCCACACCCCUCAUAGGAGUAGCGUUUUUUUACUGUUUGGAUAUUUGACGUUUUCUACGGUCUGUGUUUAGUUUCCUGGUUAGUGUUGCAGGUUAGACGGGCUUCCUGGCUUCAGCUCAGCUUCUUCAUUACUGCAUGUUUGCUUCUUGCACCGGCUUCAUGACCAGAAUGUUGGAUUUGAUCCGAACUGGGUUUCACCUCUUUUCAUAGCCGAGCUGUCGACACUCAACACGCACAGCAAGUGAACCCUGCUCAGACAAACUCUGCAGGACUUUACUCUGCACUCGUAGAGGAGACCGGCUCAUCAGAAGUCGGUCGUCAUGCUGACAAAUAUUUAGUUCAAAAGUUUGAUAAUCUAGAGCUAGAUUACACGAUUGUCAGAAGCCAAAGUUCUAAACUCAGGGUUUGAAUCUGUUUCUGUCCAUUUGUUUUUCUGACCGAAUGUUGAUGGAAUUAAGGAAUUGUUUUGAGAUUUUGUCUCAACUGGAUGUACCUAAGAUAAGAGUACUUAAGAGUACCAAAGAUGUUUUUGUUUUACUUUUGAGGAGCUCGUGGCUAGUUAAUGCUCAUCAUGUGAGAGAUAUUCUAGAACGUCCAGAAGAAUGUGCCUUCAAAUAUCAGCACCCAGACUCCUUCGUCACAUGACUCACCCCGCUGUCACCAGCCCCCCACCCAAAAAAUGGUCAUAGGAGCCUUUUCUCUUCUUUUUCCGAAAUAUUUUGGGUUCAGCUAAGACCAGGUUUGUGGUCUAUCUUUGGCUUUCCGCUUUGUUACGCAUGGUGGGUAGUGUACUGUAGUCUGGCAGCUUGAUCAUUUAUGCUCCACCUAUUUGAAUAUCAAUGCAUUUAUGGAUAAAACUUGACGCUUCUUUUUUUGUUCGUUAAAUAUGUUCAAUGUCAGUUUUGCUGUUGCGCCUUAUUUUCUGUUUCAUUUGUAUUCCUGAAAGUGCCUUAAAAAGUCCCGGAAAACUAGUUAAAAAUGUGUAUUUUCAGUCAGAAGGCUUUUUGAGUUUUUCAAUAGUCAAGUUUCCUGAUAAAAAGGUCAUUAAAUAUUUUUAUACAGUCGUGAAAAUAUUGAUAAAUAUUCCCAUUGGACUGUAACUGAGCUUAAAAAUAAAAGAGUUGUGCCAAUGGUUUUUGACAAAAAUCUCUGUUUCAGGCAGCAGUGUGUUUGCUGUGAGUGUCUCUGCAGAUGAGCUGCAAGAAGUGCCAACAAUAACUGGUGUUAAAAUGGUGAAAAGCAGAGUUGUGACAGGUUCUUUUUCUGGUCAUUCCUGUUUGUAAAAUGACAAAUAAAAGCUUUUCCUCAA